UGGGACGUAUACUCUCAACCUGUAUUGAGCCUGAGUGGGUUACAAAUGUUCGUGCAAGGAAUUGGAUUCUUUGAUAGAUUUCUUUAUAGGGAGAUAGAUUAAGAACAGUGAUGGAAAGUCUGGGCUUAGGCCCGAUGUGGGACAGGGUGUCAGUGAGACUCAUUAAGAUACUUGAACAGUGAGAGAGGGUCCCUUCCGUAAGGCUGGGACGUAUACUCUCGACCUGUAUUGAGCCUGAGUGGGUUUCGAUUGUCCGUGCGAGGAAUUGGUUUCCCCGAUAGAGUGUGAGCCGAAAGGUUGUUGGAUUGGAAUUGGAAUUGGAAUUGGAUUCCUGACUUGUGAUAAAAAAUAUGGGUGCAUUGAAUUAAGAAACACUGUGAUGGAGAGUUUUGGUUUAAUUUAUUUUUGACAGAUGCGGUGAAUUUGCACACUGCUACCAUUUAAAUUUUUGCAGAAAGAAUGGGCAGAUCCAAGAAAAUGCGCCCGAAGUCAGCCAGUAGUGCAUUUCUACUUAAGAAACGCCUAGAGUAUACAGAGAGUCCUCUCGUGUCGGAUCCGAGUCCUGUCCGUAACAUGCCGACCCUUCCUUCACCGCUACUCUCUCCUUUUGUUCAAAGGAAACUAAAGGAUAAGCCUCCCACUGUCUCCAGUAGUUCUUUGAAGAAGGAGAAGGAGAAGGCUGAGAAGGAGAAAAAGGAUAGGAUUUGGAAGGAGAUUAUUGAGCAGAAUAGGAGAGAGAGGAGAGAGAGGAAAGAGAGGAAGCUGGCGAAGCAGCUGGAGGAAGAACAGGUUAUGCUUCCCACUGCUUUGAAGCCUGGUAGUUCGUCCUUUAGCUCUUCUGGUCACCCAGCUCCUAUAGGCAUGACAGAAAAGGAUGCUUUGGAGACCUGUAAUUCUCCUACUCACACAUCUCCCAGAGGCAUGACAGAAAAGAAUGUUCCUGGUCUCAAGACUCGUCUCCUCUUGAAGCCAUCCUCUUGUUCCGUGUCAGGGAGAGGAAAGACUAAGGCCACAGCCAGUCGUUGGGUUCCAACCCUCCUCCAUACUCCUGACUUGACAACCCCACCGCCUCCUGCAAGAGAAACUCCUGUUAAUAAGGGAGGUUUUGUACCGCCGACGCCAGCCUUUGUGCAGCAGCGCACGCUGGUCAGUCCCUAUGGGGAAGUAGGGGCACCCCCUCUAAAUUUAAAUUGUCGUAUAGCUUUAAAGAAUGUAAUGCAUGAUGAAAAGCGUAAAGGCGAUGUCGUUGGGCCCACCGCCAUGAAUUUCGCUCCCUUUCUGGAAGAUAUCGACUCGCGAAAGACCACACGCCCGUCUUCGGUUGUGGCGGGGGGUGGUAAGUCAUUGCCUUAUGACCCUCCAAAGUUUCCUGCGGCUCUUAGUAAGGGGGAAAGGGAGAAAAACAGGGUUGGGGUUUUGGAAAAGAGAAAGAAGGACCGUAUGGAAAGGGAGCGAGCUAUGAAAGCAAAAGCUGAUCGAAUCGAAGCAUCGCGUUGUUUCAAGGGUAGUCAGCCAGAGACUGUUGCACUGGGACUGUCACCCCAAGGGCUGGAGUCUCAAUCUCUGACACCUACAGCUCCUCUGGCAGCUAUAGAUUCAGCUCUAUCGGGAUCUGAGUCUGAGGAGGAAGGCGAGGAUCCUCCUCAGGUUCAUCCUUCCGUAGAGAACAAUUUAUCUGUGUUGGAUGAGCUGUCGAUGUCAGAGCUUGGUACUCCAGCAGUUGUGGUGCCAGUUCUGGCUCAACAUUCUCCGGUGUCGUCGUCUGAUAUCUCGGCAGAAGAUGUGUCAGAAGUCCCGCGAUUUAGAGCUCGCUCGAGGGUGCAAAGCUUAGAUUCACAGAUGGAUUUUUUUUCAAAUGAAGUGGGGACAGUCUUAGCGAUGCAUCUUUUACCGAGUGGGAAAUAUCUUGCGGUCACAAGAGCUUCUGUACGCAUGCUCUGUCGGAUUUCAGAGGAAUACAAGGCUGCUUUUGAAGCUUCACGCAGGGAUAUGAAAACUCUCCAGCGGAAGCUUAAGUCGUGGGGGGUUGAGUUUGAGAAUAAAAUUGAGUGGCGGCAUGUACCAAUUCCAAAUGUAACCCUGGAUGGUGCUCAGGCAGAAGUAGUGUGGCAGGAUCGCAGUGAUGCAGAACUGUACCUACAAGAGUAUUUGAGAAAGGUUGAAGGAUUUGGGAAAGCCGAUAUUGAAGUGUUCCUUCAAUACGAUCUCAAUUUUAGGGCUAAUUUUUUGGCUUGGCUUCCGGUGGGGCCCCUGAUUCAUAGAAAUAUACUUCGACGCCUUGAAAUUAUCUGUAGCCCUAAGUAUACACCCAAAGCUGUUGCAAGCAAUCUAAGGGAGCUAUGGGCGUGGGGCCAGGAGGUCAACAGAACAACAGUUGACCGCAACUGCGAAGAGCUCCCUAGAUUCAAAGAAUUGUGGCAAGGCUUCGUAACUAGCUCUGGGGGUGUACCGCAGGCUAUGGAGAAUUUCAGGUCUAGCAUACGUGCUUACCAACGCAAUCAUGGUUUGGAGUAUUAUACUCAGUAAGCCAGUUCAGGCAUUUACUUCUUGCCAGUUUAUUUUUAUCCUCUUAAAGGAUUUAAAGGCAAUUAAGCCAGUUCAGGCAUUUCUUGCAAUUUAUUUUUAUCCUCUUAAAGGAUUUUAAGGCAAUUAAAUUCCAAAUUAAAUGUGUAUUGUAUUAAAAAUGUAUGUUAAAAAAUGUCAAUAUAAAUAUAAAUGUAAAU